ACGAUCGCUUGUCAGAGUAUCGAGAAAAAAAACAGUUGGCGGUUUGCUUUUUCAUUCUGCUUAAUGUCUAUAGUUUACAACUUAUUAUAGACGUUAAGCACGUUCGUUCUCAGUCGAUAUGCCUUAUCAUUCUGAGGUAUAUUGUAAAGAGGGGCUGAAACAUGGAACAUCUGUUCGUUUAUUUGUUGCUGGUGCUCUUAGUUUCAACAGAACGGUCUCGCGGUAGCCUUCGGUGGCGAUACGACGACGAGCGUUGCUAUCAAAGCUGCAAAUGUAUCGGUACCGGAAUGAAAUGCAACGUCACAUUAUACCCGAAUCUUUACGAGCCUGGUCCUACAGCUUGCUUCGAAGCUUUAAGCUUUCGUUUUUACAGAGUCAAUAUACGUUGUCUCAUUAAAUUUACGAUAACAUCGGUUCCCGACUUACGCAGUCUCGAUCUGUCUGGUAAUCGAAUGAGCCAUUUUCCCAAUACUGUUUUACAAAAUCUACCGCCACUUCAACAUUUAAACCUGAGCCGAAACAGAUUGAAUUUCUUUCAGUGGGGGUUGUUGCCCAAGAGCAUACAUCUUAAAUCACUUGAUCUAAGCAACAACCAUUUAACUUCUCUGGUAUUACUUCAGGCACAACACUCUUUCCCAAAUCUAGAGCGUCUAUAUCUGUCUAACAACCGGUUGAUCACAAUAAUGCGAAUGUCGUUAACUCUUCCCAAACUAAGGGAACUCAAUCUAAGAAACACGAGCCUUCAUGCAAUUAAUCCAGGCGUCUUUGAUAGCUUUUCUAACUUGCAAAAACUGGAUCUUGGUCAAAAUCACUUAAAAACUAUCCCAGCAUCUUUGUUUUCUUUAUUGAAAAACCUACGGGAUCUACGUCUAAAUCACAACUUAUUACAGAGACCUGACCUGUCUUGGUUCACACACAUGAUCCAGAACAACUUUUCCACAACCGUAGACCUUCAAUACAACCCAUGGAUAUGCGACACCAGCAUUUACAGUUUUUGGAAUUUUGUGAAAGAACUUUCCACCGACGACAAAAACCGAACACUUGCUAACGAUUUGAACUUGGUUUGCGAAAACCCGAUCAACGAGAAAGGAAAAACCUUAACUUGUCUUUCAUUUGCUGACUUAGAAGCGACAACCGUUGCUACAAACAGAGAAAGCUACGAAACAACACCAAAUCUGACGGAAGUGACUCCGUUUCGCGUGUCUAAACCAGUUUCUUUGUCUAAUUCGCUUCCACAAGAAACCACUCACCAGUUAACAUCACCUCAAAGUUCCUCUGCUACCAUUCAACCUGUCGAGGUUUCAACAUGCGCCCCAAACUCCGUAGCAUCAACGCAGCAACCCCAAAUUUUCACGUCAAGUUUAAACAAGUCACCGAUUCUAGAGGUUGAUAGAAUUCCCACACCCAUUGCAUUUGAAAAACGGACAGAUCCUGUUUCCAGCCACCAAACAAAUAACAGCAUCUUAAUUCAUAUACUCGCUAUUGCUGGUAUCAUGUGCAGCAUAAUUGUUUUAGCAUGGGCCUUUCGUUUUUACAGUAAGAAGAGAAAGAAAGCAACGAUACCAAACACACCAAAUGACAGUGCAUCCAGUUAUUUUACCGAAUCCACCUUUUCUGGCCUUUCAUUGGACAACAGUUCAUAUGGCUACACGGGUGCAGUUUAUGAAUCAGCGACCCAAAGUCUGUGUGUCGAGCGCUCAAGCGAAUACGCAAAUCAGCAGCAUGAACAGAUAUACUGUGGCGAUCUUUCCCCUGAAUCUGAACACAGUUAUGAACUGAUUGUCGAGUUUACUCCUGGCUAUGCUACCUGCCAAGACGUUGGUUAAAACUAUUUUUGUGUGACUUUAUAUAUAACUAAUAAAAUAGCACUGAAAUUGC